AAUUAUAAAUAUAUAUAAAAUUAUAAAUUAUUCCCAACACUUUUAUCAUUUGCAAAACAAAUAGAUCUUUAUCGCAAUUCUCUCAAUCACGUUUCAAUCUCCUCCAAUCUAUCACCGCCGUCCAUUUCAUCGUCCCAAAAUCUCUCUGUCCAGGUAUUGAAAGGGGAAAUCAUGGGAGCGCUAUUAUCCAAGUUUUGGUUCAUGUUUUUUCCGGGAAAGGAUUACAAGAUUGUGAUUGUAGGGUUGGAUAAUGCCGGGAAAACGACGACGCUUUACAAGUUGCACUUAGGUGAUGUUGUAACCACCCACCCUACCGUUGGUAGCAACGUUGAGGAGCUUGUUUAUAAGAACAUUCGAUUUGAGGCCUGGGAUGUUGGUGGACAAGAAAGGCUAAGAACAUCAUGGGCGACUUAUUAUCGUGGUACUCAUGCUGUGGUUGUGGUUAUAGACAGCACUGAUAGAGCCAGGAUUUCCAUUAUGAAGGAUGAACUCUUCAGGCUUCUUGGGCAUGACGAGUUACAACAUUCAGUUGUCCUUAUCUUUGCAAAUAAACAAGACCUCAAGGAUGCCAUGACCCCAGCUGAAAUCACCGAUGCUCUUUCUCUUCACAGCAUCAAGAAUCAUGAUUGGCACAUCCAAGCCUGCAGUGCACUUACUGGAGAUGGGUUGUAUGAUGGUCUAGAGUGGAUUAGCCAGCGGGUUACCGGAAAAUCCCCAAGUUGAAAAGGGGAAGAAAUUAACCAAGGAGAAGGUUCAUCAUUCACAUAUGCGGGGGUUCAAGGAUGAGUAAGAAGCAUGUUUUCUGUACCAUGUAACUCUGUAACAGCCUUUCCUGAUAAAUUUGCAGAUUGUUUUCACAUUUUGAUUGGAUAUUGAAAAUUUGUCAUGUUCUACACAGUACACAUUGAAGCAUCUCAUUACUUUGCAUCUCAGGCUUUAAUGAUGUGUAAAGAGAUGCAUAUUUUUGUAAACUUACUGUACGAGUUACCCUUUGUUGAAAAAUUUGUACAUUCUCUUCUUCA